AUGGAGAAGAUAUAGGUUUUGGAGAAAAGGCAAGAUGGUAGAUUGAACAAGGAAAUCUUUGAAGUGGGUAAGAGCUGCAUAGUAGAAGUAAAUUUUUGAAUGUUCCUGGAAAAUUAAGGCAAUAACUUGUGAAGAUAGCCCGGAAGAUUGUGAGACGGACUGAGAGGUCAGGAAAACAGAAUGCAUGGUGUGCUGUCCUCAGUUAUCUCUUCCGGAAGAAAGAAAGACUUGAAGAUAUGGAUGUGUAGAAGAAUGUGAUAAGCAGAUAAGCAUUUGGAAAGAAAUAUUUGGAAAAAUUUUAUCCUCACAGAAGAAAGUUGACGUUAGCCACUAGGAAGAAAAAAUGGCACAAUCGCAACCAGCAGGGUUGGAUACACACAGUCAAGGACAUUAACCACCUGAACUGCAAGGAAAACUUCUAGUGAAGCUCAGAUUGAAAAAAUGAAAGUUGAAAACAGUUAUUUAAGAUGGAGAAAGGUCAGAAAAAAAAAAUUAGGUUUUUUCUUCAAGGAGAGGAAAGCAAGUGCUGUUUCAGGGCUGGAAAGACAUUGUGAAGAAAUAGGUAAUUUUUAAUUGUUUCUGGAAUGUAGAGGCAAGUUGACAAUAUUAUUAAAAGCACAAUAUUUAAAGAUAACUUUCUCCUUAGAAUUUUCUGGAAAAUCUUCCCUAUUAAAAAGGGCUGUGUAGAAGACUACAGAGACAGGUCUGCUCCCAUGGACAUGCUAAAACUCAAACACAAAAGUAGAGUGGAAUAAGAUGGUUAUGGUAAUACAUCAGAUAAAGUGAAAGUUGUAAUUGAAAAAAAAUAAGGCAAAGAACAAUCAAGGCAACACAAAUAAAGUUGAAGAACAGAUUUAUCAUAGCAACUGAAUAUCUCCCUGUUGGAGGUACAGGAAGCAGCUUCAGAAGAAGCCAGAUCUCUCAAAUAUUUUAGGCUCUGAAGUAAGAUCAGAGAUGAAAAAUUACCAGCCAAGAUCAUCUAUCUGCUGAAGUAGCUGGAGCACUUGACAACAUUAAUUCAGCCAGAUGUUGCAAACUAGGGAUCAUUUGAGGGUCUGAAUAACCCUGUUUCCUGACACAAAGCACAAUUAAAGUUAGAAUCUUUAGAGUUUUUUUGGAGAAAGAAUUUGUUGCUUAAAAUGUUUUAUUCAAAAAGGAACAAGCAUUCACAGAAUGUGUUUUCAAACAGAGAUAUUUUGUGUUUUAGUUGAAACUUUUUGGCAGUAUGAUGACAGAAUGUGGAAAAAUGAGAUCUUUAAUGUGACGGGAAAAGUUUUGUCUUUAGUCUGAAGAGAGACCAUAACAGUGGUAAUCAGAGCUUUGGAUAACCAAAUCAGAAACUGAUGAUGUGACAGAAAUUGGAAAGAGAUUGGAUUGACUUGGGGAAGAAGUCCUCUUCUACCAGACAUAGCUUUGCUCAUCAUUUCUGUGGAAAUUAAACUAGAAGCAUAAACAUAAAUGGUCACUCAGCAUGUGACUGCAACGUUAAGUGCUCUGCAAAGACAGGAGAUGGUCUUGUUACAAAGCAGAAAAGGAUUUAGAAGAUGCGGGUAUACCUGAUGAGCAAGGAAACAAUGCUGGACAAGAGAAUUUGAAUCUCAGAAUAAAAGAGCUGGAUAAAUUGGAGCAAAAACUGAAACGCACUUUAGAGGACUGCAUGGAAUCAGAUUCUGUGCUAAGGAAUAGGAUGAAAGAGCUGGAGCUGUCACACAAAACACUUCUUGAGAUGAUUGAUCAAUUGAACAUGAAGGUGCACCAUUUUGAAAAUGCAAAUGUGCGUGUUAAAGGGAAACUACGAGAUGUCUGGGAGGAGUUGAUGAACUUGGUUGAAAACCAAGAGAAGUCAGAGAAGAAACAAAAAGAGAAAUUACAUUGGCUUCAGGAGCAGCUGAAGACAAAAGAAAAUGAAGUAAAAAGCCAGUCUGAGUAUUUUGAGCACUACAAACAAAGGCAGAAGCAACAGACAGCAGUGCUAAGAAAAAGGGAAUGUUACCUUCAGGGUGAGAUGUUUAGACUGGAAAAGCAAGUGCUAGAUCUCAGUGCCCAUAUUGCUCUUUUGACAUCUGAGUUAGGAGAGGGAAUGGCACAAUGUCUCGAAAAGAAGCUGGAAUCAGCAUCCAAAGGCACUCAGGGCUAUAAACCUAAUACGCAACUCAUGGAAUUGCAGAACUACAUUGCAAAUGUGGAGCAUGACAUGAAAAGCCAUUUUGAGUCAUUUCAACAAAAUCUGAAGUUCUUAAGGGAUAAAGAGGAGGACAACAGAAGAGAAAGAGCAGACCUGCUGACUCAGCUCCAGUGCUCCCAGGACACCGAAGACUUUCUCAGGAGAAAAUUGGAAGAAUCUUCUCAUCAUGUUUAUAAUCUGAAACUAUCUGAAAUCAAACUACAGGAACAAGUGAACAAGCUUUUGGAUGAAAACAAGGCUUUAAAAUAUCAAGCUAGGAUGAGGUUAAAAAAGAAGGAAGGAAAGGACUCACAGGCUACAAGACCAGAAAGUACAGACAACGGUGCUAGCCUGAGCAGAGACCUAGACAAGCAAGAUGUUCAAAACCAGAAAAGAGGAAAAAUCUCAGAUCAACAGAGAAGCAGAGCUGCUCAAACUCCAGUUGUGAUGCUGCAUGCCAUGGAGUAUGAAACACUGGGAUACAGCUGUGAUGGGCCUAAACAGACAAAAAAAAUACCAGAAGAACUUCUGCCAGUUUUGGAACACAAUUCUAGCACCUUUGCAAAUGCUGCUGAAGAACUUGAUUUAGCUGAGAUCAAACUGGUCACCCUAGGAACAAAAAGUACAGGUGCUCCAGAAGACAGUUUCACUUCAUUUAGAUGUACGCCAAGCUAUGCUACAUCAAGACUGCUUCCACCUAGCUCUGAGAAGUUAACUAAUGGUGAAACAAGCGAAGGAAACAAAGAUGAAGAAUACCUUUCUUCCUUGAAAGAACAAGCUAUAAAUCCACCAGCAAAAAUAUUCCCUGUUUCUGUGGUUGAAGAUUUGAUGAGGAACAAACCCAAAAUUAUCUUGUUAAAACCCAAAAGCUACAAGGUAGAAGCGGUCACAACGGUGAAGAAAAUGAGGAGCUUGGAUUUCAGUGGGGUAAAUACCACUCUUGGCUCGGAUGGCCUGUGUAUUGUUACAGAAGGUUUUUCUGAUAAAGCUCCUAAAGCUCUUUGUGGAAAAAUGCCUUGCUCUGUGAUUGAAAAUAUUGCAUCUUCUCUUGAAAAACACAGAGUGGAAAAACAUCAGCAAAAGAAACUAAUUCUACCAAGAAGCGUAAGUAAAAAUAAAAGUUUGGAUAGAAGUGUUCAUGAUAGAAGAUACCACCAAAAUAUCUUUAGAUCAAGAGUUAAAGGAGAAGAAAUACAGAGUGAGAAAGCCCAAGUACAACAGGUUACUUGUGUUUUUGAGGAAAAUUCUAAAGUUUUAAAUAAAAGUGAUUUGAUAAAACCUGAGAAGCAAGGAAUUGAAGCCAAAGACAAACGAGGUAGCCCACAAGGUGUCCACAAAAUAUCUGUUGAGUUGAAAGACUCACAGAUGCAUUUCAGAGGGAAUCCUGAACAAGUGGAGAAACUCGGAAGCCUCUCGGAAGUCUGCAUCUCUGAUGUGAUGAGGGUGUGCAAAGCUGGAGACAGGGUGAAAAUGGGACAGGAAGGGAAGAAACCUCAGAAGCCAACUCACCAAAUAAACCCUUCAAGAAAUAUUGGGCUGGAAGAAAAAAAAGUCCAGUGCCUGAAACUAUAUGAAUCAAAAGAGAAGGAUUUUUCAUGUCAGGAAAUUGCUGCUGAAAACAUGCAAUAUGCAUGCCCUCAGAAAUGUUUUUGGUCAGAGGAAGAGAGUUAUCCACUAAACAUAUUGUCUCCUAUGCAGAAGAGCUCAAUGUGUUUAACCAAACUGUUCCUGCCAGAGAACAAUUUUUCUGAGUAUUUCUGUUACCUGUCACCACUGGCAGCGGUUCAUAAGCAUGAUAUGAAAACAUACGCAUUGGAAAAAUUAGUGGCGAUGUGUUCACAGAGGAUAUUUCUACUGAUGCAAGAGAAUGAAAAUUACUUUAAAAAGGUCUGUAUAUUACAAGAGGAGAAUGAAAGAUGUGUUCAGAAGAUGUGCGCGCUGGAAGAGGACAUGAAUGCAUAUUUUCAAUACGCUUUAGAAGUUGAUGAAGAUAACAUUGUUUCUUUUCAAAAUUUACUUAAUGAGAGUGAAGUUGUUGGUAAAUGUUAUAACAUGACAGAAGGAAAUACCAAGAGCCCAGGAACAAUUUUUGCUGCAACCAUCUCUAAGAAUCUCUCUUACGUUGAAGAGAAAACUAGGAAUUUAGGGAAAGACUCAUUAACAAUUGAAUCAAAUAAACUUCCCAAGAGUGUUUUACCUCAGGAUGGAAAGAAAAUUAAAUAUUUCCAAUUGCUUUCUGACCUGAAAGAAAAAAGAAGUAGAUGCUUCAAAGAAAUAGCUAGAUUAUUACAAGACAAGGAAAACUAUAUAGAAAAAUAUAAUGAAUUAAUGCAAGAGAGAGAGGGAAAUUUAAAAAGAAUAUCUAUUUUAGAAAGUGAAAAAGAAAAUUUAUUGGGAAAUUUGGCAGAAAUAAAAUGUGAACAAGAUAAAUACCGGACCUUGGUCUCAGAACUUCAGGAGUGCAAAACCAACUAUUAUCAAACUAUUUCUGAUUUACAGGAGGAAAAAUGUAUCCUGAAAAGAGCUAUAGACCAAGUUAAAAAAGAAAAUGCAGAACGACUUGAUGAGUUUCAGAAAGCAAAUGCAGACUUUAUUUUAGAAAAUAACAAAUUGAAAGAGCUGUUGUAUUUGUUGGGUUUCACCUACGAAGAUCUGAGAGAAGAAAAAAAUUGGGAAACAAAGGAAAAGGUAGUAAAACUAAAAGUAGAAAAUAAAACUCAACAGCAUGGUCUUAAGCCAAAAGAAGUUGAAACAGCAUGCAGUGUAACUCAGACUGAAGAAGAUGGAAGAGACCCUUCCAACUAUUUCCACAGCAAAGAGGGCUGCAGGUCUGAAAGCUACAGUGCAAUGAAAGAGCAAGUGGAAAGGACAAAAGAUGAAUUAAAAAUACAGCAAAAGGAAUUAGAAAAAUCAAAAAAAGAGGCUCAGAAAUGGUACAGGGAACUUGGCUUUGCUGAAACAAGAUAUGAAGAAAUCAAGACUCAUUUGACACAGGUUCUCUCAGAAUUAGACCGUCUUAAACAAGAAGCUGGAGACAAAACUCUUGGAAAGCAGCGCUGCAGAUUAAUGCCCGUGUACACCGUGAAAGAUGCCCAGGAAGUGGAGGAAAAUAAAAUAUCCAAUAAGAGAUUACAGCAGCAAGUACUGACCUUGAAAGCCCAGCUCAGGGACCAGACUGCAUUACAAAAUCAGUUUCACGACUUGCAAAAUGAAAUGGAACUCCUUCAGGCUCAACUAUGUGAAAAGACAAAAGAACUCCAGAAGAGAAAGUCUGAAGUAAUGUUGACGCUAGCUCCUUUAAAGGCUAAGUUGGCUUGCCUGACCAGAAAAUGCCAGGAAAGGAACAGCUUCAUUACCAGGAUGCAUGAUGAGUUUCACCGUCAAGGGUUUAACAACUCUGUAUUCGAUGAAGAGGUGAAAAGCUUGGUGAAUGACAUUACCCUGGCAGAGUACACAGCUGGUUUUACAACAUGUGAUCAAGAGAUGCUGCCUUCUUCCACAGACAUUUCAGAGGCCAGUGGACAGUCAGAGGAUCAUGAGGCUUUUGUCAGAGUGAGUGGAAUGUCAGGGUCAAUACCUGCAAACUCUCUGCAAGAAGCUGAUGGCAUCCACAGUUCUCACAUCACUCCAAAUAUGUACACCAGUUCUCCUGUAAAAUUAACAAGUCCAGAGAGGAUCAUAGCCUUGCAUCGGGAACUAAGACAAAACCAUCACAAAAAUUGCCAGAUGCCUUCAUUUGUCUCCUCCAAUACAAACUCAAAGGCUGACCCCAACCUGUCCAUGACUCAUGAGGAAACACAUUGGCCUCCACUCCCAGAGAUGAAGGACACACUGGAGUUUUCGGAGCGUGACUGGUCCAUGCAGGGGAGGGACUGCUUGUCCAAAUGGGAUGAUGUAUUUGGGGGUCAAAUAGGAAAUCAGCAUGCAAGUGCUAUUCCCCAGGGAAUUAAGCAGAAAGAUGUCAUUACAAAUAAUGCAUGGCUCUCUAGAGAAAAAACAGAUGGCUCAACCUCAGCUACCGCAGCAAAAAGCUCUUUGUCAGACAUGUUGUCAGCAAGUAAUAAAGGUCGAAAUCCUGUGGGGAGAAAUCAGCUGCAUGGGAAAGAAAACCUCAGGUAAAGCAUCUUAGAGAUGUGGUAUUCCCAUUGUCAUAAUACUUUGUAUGUGUAAAAAGUACAUCUAAUUUUUAAAAUCAUAAAUAUUUUACUAGUUAGCAUGUUUGAGGUGUCUGGAAAAUUUACAUGAGAAAGUGCUGUAAUAGUUUUUAUGAUCAUGAUUUCUUAGAACACUUUAGAUAACUGAAACCAGCAGAAUUUUCAACAGCCAGGCUGCUGCUCAAUUUUUGCUUUACCUCUUGUCUAUAAUUUGCUUUUCCUUUAACUGAAACUGUGAAACAAUCCAUUAAAUCACUUUUGCUUUUAUAUAUAGCCUAUUUCUUCAGAGUGCAGUGGCAAAUUCUUAAAAAAUAUCUGGCUUGAGUGACAGGAACUUAAGGAGAUAUUGUGGCAUGGACUUCCUAAAUUCCCCCUUUAUAUAAAUGUGACUGUAGUUUUGCUGUUAGUACUUCUUUAAUAUCUUGGGAUUUUUUUCUUUUUUUCUUUUUAUAAGCUGACUUACAACAGGAUACUCUCUAUGUGCUCCUGUAGGUGGUAAUAUCCAUAAAACACCAUCCUUCAAUUGUUACUUUUAAGCCCUUUAGUCAAAUUGCAGUUUAACUUCAGCAGUUUUACUGGACUUGCUUCUUUAGAUGACUGCUUGGGCAUCAUGAGUACCAUAACAUCAGAGUUCCUGGACUGGAUACCCCUAUACCUGCAGUAAACAAAAGUGAAGGCAGUGCCAGGCCAGCUGCUCUAGCACAGCUGUGGCAGAACUUCCUUGUGAGCCUGACUCAGAAAUAGAUGCGGUCUGGUCUGUGUGAACUUUUGAUGGAUUCUAGAGUAAUGGGAGGGAGCAGGAAGGAGGUAUGUGUGACCCAACACCACUUGAGUCUGGAAAAUUUAACAGAGCAUGAUUGUAAAUUCCCCUAAACACUUAAGUGCCAUUUAUGUUGCGGUCCUACCAACAACCAAGGUUGAUAUUUUUGGAAAGCCUCAAUUAUUCAAAUCUCCUAGCUAUCUUUAUUUUUAAUCACUUUUAUUAGGAAAGGGCAUUUUUAACACACAUUAAUUUGUGACACUAUUCUGUGCUUUUUCUUUGCCUUCAUUGAUUAACCCUAAUUGGUUCAUAGUGCAUUAUUGCAUUGUUUGAUGCUGCUCCUGAAAAGCCAGAAACAAAAUGACUGGUGUUGAAGAAAUAUUAAUGCACACAUUACUCCUUAUGGUGGGAAACCCAUCUUCAUUUGCUCAGUAAUGUAGUGGUGCAAUUGCUUACAGCAAUAACUGAAUUGGUCUUCAUCCAAAACCUCUUUAGAAAAUACACACCAUAUGUCAAGGGAAAUAGCCUCUGGAAGCAAUGUUUUAAAGCACUGUCUAAGCAGAGACACCUAUGAGUAUCCAACAUCUGGAAUUCUGCUCUCAUCUGUCUUCCUAUUCUUUCUAAUGCUGGUCAGCAGUUCUGAAGAUAAAUCUGAUGUCCUGCCACAAGCUGUCUUGUUUAAGGCCAAGUUAUUUUGAUGUAGAAAAACACAUUAUUGGCACAAUAACUCUCAUAUUGAUAAAAUGAUGCUUUAAGAAUCAGCACUUAAUGAAAACUUUUUUGGAGCUUCAUCUUGCUGACAGUAAAUUACAUGGACUGGUAGCUCAGGUCAGCUAGAGGUCAGAUCAUAAUCCAUGAAGCGUGUUAAUAAUAAGGGUAUUAAUAAUAAUAUUGUAUGAUGGUAAGAUAACCUGUUAUCAUCAACACCACAGUAUCAUACCAUGAAAUUAAGCCUUUCUCAGUCCAGUCUCUUCCUAUCAAAGAUAACUAUGGUUUAACUACUAUGCUUCAUGUUACAGCUAAGUAGGUUAUUUGGCCCCAUUUUUCCUUAAUCAUUUCCUGAACAAGGUCUGCAGACACACACAGUUGUAGUUGCAGGAACAGACACUUGCAGACAUGUUACCAACAAGGAGCUGCGUAAUAUGUAGUGGACUCAAGA